UGACGGGCGGUGGCGGCCGGCGGCCAUGGCGGCGGUGAGCGGCGGGCCCGGGCCCGACUCGCCCCCGCUCCUUCACCCGCGGCGGCGGUGGAGGCAGCAGGGCCCGGAGGAGGCGGUGACGCUGGAGAAGGUCCUGGGAAUCACCGCCCACACCAGCAGCGGCUUGGCCUGCGACCCAGCCACGGGACUGCUCGCCUACCCAGCCGGGUGCGUCGUCGUCAUCCUGAAUCCCCGUGACAACACGCAGAGGCACCUCCUGAACACCUCCAGGAAAACUCUGAGCGCGUUGGCCUUCUCGCCUGAUGGAAAGCUCAUUGUCACCGGAGAGAAUGGGCACCGACCGGCUGUCCGCGUGUGGGACGUGGAGGAGCGGGCGCAGGUCUCAGCGCUGCACGGUCACAAGCACGGUGUGGCUUGCGUCGCCUUCUCCCCCAGCGCCCGGUACCUGGUGUCGGUGGGACACCCGCACGACAUGGUGGUCAACGUUUGGGACUGGAAGAAAGGUUCCCUGGUGGCAUCAAACAAGGUGUCCUGCAAAGUGAUGUCUGUGUCCUUCUCCGAGGACAGCUACUUCGUCACCGUGGGGCACCGCCAUGUCAAGUUCUGGUUCCUGGAUACGUCGAGGGAGCUGAAGAUCACAGAGACGGUGCCGCUGGUGGGACGCUCGGGGCUGCUGGGGGAGCUUCUUGACAACAUCUUCUGCGGGGUGGCCUGCGGCCACGGGCAGAUGUCAGGCAGCACCUUCUGCGUCUCCUCCUCGGGACUGCUCUGCCACUUCAACCAGAAGCGGGUGCUGGAGAAAUGGAUCGUUCUGCAGGUGCCGCUGGCGAACUGCCUCUGCCUCAGCGAGGAGCUGAUCUUCUGUGGCUGUGCCCACGGCACCGUGAGGAUUUUCCAGGCUCGGGACAUGAGCUAUCUGAGCGACCUCCCCAAACCUCACCCCCUGGGCGUGGAUGUCACCCAGGAUUCCCCACCGAGGCGGACAGACCUGGCCUACCCCGACACAAUCGCCUUGGCCUACGACACCCGCAACUGCUGGCUGUCCUGCGUCUACAAGGACCACAGUGUCUACGUCUGGGAUGUCAGGGACCUGCGGAACAUCAGGACAGUGUGGUCGGACCUUUUCCACAGCUCCUUUGUCUGGAGCGUGGAGGUGUACCCCGAAUUCGAGGAGCAGAGAUCCUGUCUGCCGCCCGGCUCCUUCCUGACGUGCUCCUCGGACAACACCAUCCGUGUCUGGACCCUGGGAGGUGGCUCCGCACGCCCUGAGCAGGGCAGUGCCUACAGCACGACCCUGCACGACAUCAUCUACGUGGACAACGACACGCGGCACCUCCAGGACUCCUCCAGCACCCCCGACCGAAAUGAGAACCUGGGUCACCUGGACGUCAAGUCUGGGGUCCGGGUGAUGCAGGUCAGCCCCGAUGGGGAGUACCUGGCAUCGGGGGACAGAGGAGGAACCCUCAGGAUACACGAGCUGCGGUUCAUGCGGGCAGUGGCUAAAGUGGAGGCUCACGAUUCAGAAGUUCUUUGCCUGGAGUACUCGAAGCCGGAGACCGGAGCAGCGCUGCUGGCUUCGGCGAGCAGAGACAGGCUGAUCCACGUCUUGAACGUAGACAAGAACUACAAGCUGGAGCAAACCCUGGAUGAUCACUCCUCAGCGAUAACGUCGGUCAAAUUUGCUGGCGAUGGGGACAUUCAGCUGAUAAGCUGCGGCGCCGAUAAAAGUAUUUAUUUCCGCAACGCUCAAAAGCUCCCAGACGGCUUCAAUUUCGUCAGGACGCAUCACGUCGCUGAGAAAACCACCCUGUACGACAUGGACAUCGACAUCACACAGAAACAUGUCGCUGUCGCCUGCCAGGACAGAAACGUCAGGGUGUACAGCACGGCCAGCGGGAAGCUGAAGCGCUGCUACAAGGGGUCGCAAGGGGACGAGGGCUCUGUGCUGAAGGUACAGCUGGAUCCCUCGGGCACCUUCCUGGCCACGAGCUGCUCUGACAAGAGCAUCGCCCUCAUCGACUUCCACUCCGGGGAGUGCGUGGCGAAAAUGUUCGGCCAUUCAGAUAUAGUCACGGGGAUGCGGUUCACCUACAACUGCAGGCACCUCAUCACCGUCUCGGGAGACAGCUGCAUCUUUAUCUGGCACCUGGGCCUCGAAAUCCCCAGCAGCAUGAGGCAGCACUUGCUGGAGCUCAACCUGCUGCAGCCGAAGCCAGGGAAGGAGCCUGGGGCCGCAGCGCAGCUCAGGCGCCAGACCUACAUCUCCAUCCCCAGUGGGGCGGCAGCCCCCAGUGCCGGCGGAGCUCCCGAGGAGGAGCGAGAGGAGGCCUUGCCCCCGCAGACCCCCUCCAAGGAGGACUCGGGGCCACCUCCGGCGUGCAUCCUGACCAACGGCAGGCUGCCCAUGUGGGCAAAGAGGCUGCUGGGAGAGGUGGAGGAGGGGGACGCAGCAGCCGACGGCCCCCGGUGGAGCUACCGGCCGCAGGGGCGAUGGGCAGAGCGCGCUGAGAGGGGCCCCAUCAAGACCCUGCCGGAGGGGGAUCCCCCCUACUUCACCCCCCUCAAGCCCCACUUCGGGGGCGACGUGGAGCUCGAGCCCGUCAGCCUGGAGCAUCUGCUUUCAGCGGUGGAGAGCUCUCCCGGCAACAUCUCCGAGGACUUCCAGCUCUCCGAGCUCCUCCAGGACGAGGAAACCGACGGGGGACGGGAAUCACUGGAUAUGACUGGGGCCGGACCGGAGGAGCUGUGCGCGCCAGAGGGAAGAAGGCCAGGCGUGAUGGAGCUGCCGCUGCGCCCCACGAUCCCAGGGGGCCUGGAGCUCGGGCUCAGCCAGGAGUAUGCCUCGUCCCGUGUUUCCCCGACGCCUCGCUGUCAGCCACAAGACGAGGACUCGUCGAGCUCUGCGGGGGAGGUGGAGGAGCCGGAGGAGAACCCGCCGCCCAGCACCUCCCUGCCCCAGACCCCCGAGCAGGAGAAGUACCUCAGGCAGCACUUCCAGACGCUGGCGGACGCCGAAGGUAACGGGAGACACCGCGGGCAGACGGUGCGGGCGGAUCCUGGCGAUGGCCGAGCUCACACCUCCCGCCCUGCCACCGCAGAGAGGUUCAACGGCUCCUUAAAGGAUCUGAAACCACCCGAACCCGGGGACGAGGAAAAAGCCUUCUUCUUGAACCCGCGCUUGAGCAUUUCAGCCCGGUUCCUCGCACGCUGCCAGAAGAACAGCAGGCUGGCGGCUGCCUUCCCCCCGCGGGCACGGCCCCGGCCGCAGAGCCCGGCCCGCGCCCAGGAGCCGCUCGAGGACCUGCUGAAAACAGCCAAGGAGCUCCAGCAAUCAGAGGAACUGCUGGAUGAAAAACCUUGGGAAACGGGAGAGGAAACAGGCUCUGAGGCCGGCAAACCCACGGGAUCCCAGCUCCAGGACGAGACCUUUGCCGGGGCCCUGCGGCUGCUGCGGACCCAGUUCCAGGAGACGCUGCGGCUCUACACCCAGAUGACCCUCCGCGCUGAGGCCACCAAGGCCAGGACUGCGCUGGAAAGCCUUUGCCACUGGAUGGGAGCGGAGCUGCGCUCCUGCACCGUCCCCCACGCCCCCAGCGGACCCCUGGACCCUGGGGCUGCUCCGCUCCAACCCCCUCCUGGAGACGGACCGGAGGCUGCGGGGCAGCAGCCCUGAAACACUUGAAAUGAAGGUAUUGGGGUGCUGAUCCUCUUUCCCAGUUAAAUUUGGGGGGUUGUUUUUUUAGGCAAUUCUCUAAGUUUUAACCAUUUUCGGAGCUCUUGGAUGUAUAUUUUCCUCUGGUUUCCUGCUCCGAGCCCCCCCCAAACACCCCCUGAGCACCUCAGCAGCCACAUCCCCUCCCAGCCCUGACCCCCUUCCA